AUGUCUGACCUUUUCGACGUAACCCACAGCGAAUUUGUGAAGAACAUUCUUCCACUCUACCAAGGCCCCCAGGUUACCAUCAGACUCGUGCCCAGCAACACUGAAUACAAAGUGCCAAAGCCUCUCAUCUGCAAGGAUUCCUCGUAUUUCGCCGCCAUGUUUGAGAGUGAAUUCAUCGAGGGACAGACAAAAACUGUGGACAUGAAAGAAAUUGAAGACGUCGUGUCACCAAGGAGCAUGGAAGCCCUCCUCCAGUGGCUGUGGCAUCGCCGAGUUCGAUUCGAUAAUAAGCCUGGAGACCAGAUAUCGGCCGCCAUCGAGCUUUGCCGACUUGCAGACAUGUGCAACAUCAAAGGUUUGGGCGCUGAGAUGGCCCUGUCCAUCAAAAACGUGCUCAUUGCAAACCGAGACGCUGACCUAAAAUGA